AUGUCGAGAGCUCUUGAUGCAAAAGUCAAGGAGGCCCUGGAAAUUGAAGACAAUGCGUCUGUCUAUCGGUCCGUAGCAGACGUGUUGUGUAUACGCCAUGACGAGUUGCUCGACAUUGAGGUUCUUGGCCCGAGUCACAUCCUACCACAUGGAACGUACGUCCUGCAAGAAGAGAAUGCGGUGGCAAUUCCAAAGCUCAACAUCUUGCGAGCUUUUUUACCAGCAUACAAGAUAUUCAAAAGACACAUUGAUUAUCAGGAUGUCACACCAGAUGAGCUCCUACGCGCGACGUCGGUCAUGCUGCUACUCGACCCUGAACACAUGACGGCUGCCAAUGCUCGAAAACGACAGAUACAGCAAAUAGAACAGGGGAACAUGAGACUACUAGACAUACGUAUAGAUGCAGAGUUCUAUUUCAUCGACAGCUUACUCACCAGUCGUCUACACCGUCAUACCAAGUCUCCAACACUCUGGGGUCACAGACAGUGGCUUCUGGAGUUGUGCACCAGCAUGCAACGGCCGGUGGACAGCCUCCCGACAGCCUUGGCAAAGCUCAUUUUUAUCUCCGCGGAGCGACACCCACGCAACUACUACGCCUGGUGCCACGCGCGAUACCUGCUCGACCUAGCCAGUCGCCAGAGGCAACACGCCGCCCCCGCCAGAGGCACGCGAUGGCCGCCCCAACAAGAACAAGACGCAGCCGCUCUGGAGGCCUUGACAGACGCGGUCAAGACGUGGUGUUUUAGCCACCACGACGACACGUCUGGGUGGUCGUUUCUAACGGUGCUCAUCGCGCGACGCCCGCAGGCGGCGGCAAUCGCGCUCUUCACCGAGACGCUGGGUCGCGCAGAGGCCUUUUCGUGGAGGGGCGAGUCGGUGUGGUACUUUCUGCGCAACAUGCUGCGCGCGGAUUGGCUGCCAGACGGGAAUUAUCGAGCGCAAUUUGAGCGGGUGCUCGAGCUGGUGCAUGGGAGAGUGGCCGAGCCUGAGCAGUUGGACAGGCAGGUCUUGGGACACAUGUUGGAGUGGGUGAAGAUGUACGCUGCGUCCAAUUGA